AAACAUUUCUCCACUCACCCCUCACCCCUCACCCCUCACCCCACAAUGCCUCCUCCCCUCUCUUCUCCUGUUCCUUCUCCUUCUCUCCCCUGCUUUCUCUCCCUUCUUUCUCUCUUCUUCUCCCUCGUUUCCUCCUCUCCAAACUCCCCCAUCACUCUCCCUCUCUCUGCUUCCAAGCCAUCCCCACCUCCUGAUCCCUAUCGGAACCUCCGACACUUGGUCUCUGCCUCCUUAAUCAGGGCUCGCCACCUCAAGAACCCCAAAACCACACCCACCUCCACAACCCCACUCUUCACUCACAGCUAUGGUGCAUACUCCAUUCCUCUCUCCUUCGGUACUCCACCUCAGACCCUUCCACUUAUCAUGGACACUGGAAGUGAUCUCGUCUGGUUCCCUUGUACCCAUCGCUAUGUCUGCAGGAACUGUUCUUUCUCUACCUCAAAUCCUUCUUCCAAUAUUUUUAUCCCCAAGUCCUCCUCUUCUUCCAAGGUUUUGGGUUGCGUGAACCCCAAAUGUGGGUGGAUUCAUGGUUCCAAAGUACAGUCCAGGUGCAGAGACUGUGAGCCCACUUCUCCAAAUUGCACUCAGAUCUGUCCGCCCUAUCUGGUUUUCUACGGUUCUGGGAUCACAGGUGGGAUCAUGCUCUCUGAGACAUUGGAUUUGCCUGGGAAAGGCGUUCCCAAUUUCAUCGUCGGAUGCUCUGUCCUCUCCACCAGUCAACCCGCCGGAAUCUCUGGCUUCGGCCGUGGUCCGCCGUCGCUGCCUAGUCAACUCGGCUUGAAGAAGUUCUCCUACUGUCUUCUCUCUCGCCGUUACGACGAUACAACUGAGAGCAGCUCGCUCGUGUUGGACGGCGAAUCGGAUUCUGGAGAGAAAACCGCCGGACUCAGCUACACGCCGUUCGUCCAGAACCCGAAAGUCGCUGGUAAACACGCGUUCUCGGUUUACUACUACUUGGGUCUCCGGCACAUCACUGUUGGAGGAAAGCAUGUGAAAAUUCCGUACAAGUACCUAAUCCCAGGAGCGGACGGCGACGGUGGCACAAUCAUCGACUCCGGCACGACGUUCACGUAUAUGAAGGGUGAGAUCUUCGAGCUCGUUGCCGCCGAGUUCGAAAAGCAAGUGCAGAGCAAGAGAGCUACUGAAGUCGAGGGCAUCACCGGUUUGCGACCGUGUUUCAACAUUUCCGGACUCAAUACUCCGUCCUUCCCGGAGUUGACAUUGAAAUUCAGGGGCGGAGCAGAGAUGGAGUUGCCAUUAGCGAACUACGUCGCCUUCCUCGGAGGUGAUGACGUGGUGUGUUUGACCAUAGUGACUGACGGUGCAGCCGGAAAAGAAUUUUCCGGUGGGCCCGCUAUCAUUCUGGGGAAUUUUCAGCAGCAGAACUUCUACGUGGAGUAUGAUCUGAGGAAUGAGAGGCUAGGGUUCCGGCAACAGUCAUGCAAGUGAAGGAUACCACCGGCGCCGUUGGUACCGUCCGAACGUCCGGAUUCUUGCCUGCAUUUUAGGAUUGUACUUGGCAUAAAAUGGUUGAAUUUCGAAUAGGUACAAUCCAGAAAAGCAGGGUAGAGGCGAAUGGUAAGAAGAGUAAGACAGAGUAGUUGAUGACAACUGGGAUGGUCGGUGUGGGUCUCACUCCCCAUUCUGCAUAUUAAAUUUUUAUUUGGAAUAAUCUCUCAACACCCAAGGGGGCUGAGGGACUUAAUUUAAUAUAAGACUCCAAUACUGUACUAAUACUUAUAAGUGAUAAUUGAAAUAUCCAGUUUGUGUUGGUGGGAGGGUGACCCAAGUGACAGAUGAGUCCCCACGAGCCUUGGCCGGAUUGGGAGUGUAACAUGUGUUUAAUUGUUUCUUUUUAUGAUUCAACUCAAUCACUCUCUGGAUUGGAAAGCA